CCUUCCUGGGGACUUGUGAUAAGGAAAGCAUCUCACUGAAAAUAUUGUGAUCCAGUGGAAAGAGUUUGGGAUUGGGCUGAAGAAGAUUUGGAUUUGAAUCUCACCCCUGAACCACUUCAGAUAGCAGCCUGACACUAGAGAUUAAGAAGGCAAAGAUUUGAAGAGCAAGAAAUUUGAUCAGCAAUUGCCUGGCAAUCUGUCACAUUCAGAGGUUGCUUAGAGGAUUGAGGAAAAGUGACCUUCUCAGGAUUUCACAGCAGAAGCCAAAUUUGAAUCUUGUUUUUCUGCCUCCGAGGUCAACUUCCUGCUCAUUAGGGUCUCCUGCUUUUAAGAUAUGGGCCUGUUAUUAUGUAUGAAGCAUGUAUGAACCCAUUUUACAGGGAGAAUGAUCUUCAGACUGGGAAGGAAAGAAAAAUAAAUGGAUGAUCCAAAUGACAGGAACCUAAGGAAACUGCACAUAGGUCUGCUUUGGCAGGGCAGAUAAAUAAACUCCUCAAUGUGCUUUGAAUGAUUGCAUGAUAUGCAAAUGAGAUGAAAUAAGGCAAUACAGCUGCAGUCCCACCACCCAGAAGCAUCACUCAUCGCCCGGCUGCUGAGGAGUGCCUGCCCAGCCAAAAGAAUGGAUCAGAACGAGACUUGCAACAAAUGGCUGGGGAUAGAGGAUGCCCUAGAGAAAUACUUUCUUCCUACCAUCUAUUCCAUUGAGUUUGUCAUUGGCAUCCUUGGGAACGUGGCUGUUGUUUUGGGCUAUCUUUUCUGCCUAAAAAACUGGAAGAGUGGCAAUAUUUACCUCUUCAAUCUUUCCCUUUCUGACCUCACCCUCCUCUGCACACUCCCCAUUUUGGUUAGACAGUAUGCCAUUGGGGAAGGGGCAUAUAUCCUGUGCAUAAGUAACAGGUACUUGCUCCAUGCCAACUUAUACACAAGCAUCCUUUUCCUUACAUUUAUCAGUAUUGACCGGUACCUGCUGAUGAAAUAUCCCUUCCGGGAACAUUUCUUACAAAAGAAAGAAGUUUCGGCCUUGAUCUCUGUGGCCAUCUGGAUCUGGGUGACCCUUGAGCUUCUACCAAUCCUCUUUUUCCUUGACCCAAACGACAGCACCACCUGUAAUGAUUAUGCGAGUUCUGGAGAUCCCAAACUGAACCUUAUCUACAGCGUGUGUCUGACCUUCCUAGGGUUCCUCAUUCCACUCUUUGUCAUGUGCUUCUUUUACCUGAAAAUUGUGCUUUUUCUGAAGGAGAGAAGCAGACAACUUAGCACUUCUCUCCCCCUUGAGAAGCCUCUCAACUUGGUCAUCAUGGCAGUGGUGAUAUUUUCAGUUCUCUUUACCCCCUACCACAUCAUGCGAAACGUGAGGAUAGCAUCCCGCCUGGAGGUCUGGGAGCCGACCAGAUGCGGAAAGAUCAUCAUCAAGUCAUUCUACAUUAUGACCCGGCCCUUGGCAUUUCUAAACAGUGUGAUCAACCCUCUCUUCUAUUUCCUGAUGGGGGAUCACUUCCGGGAGAUGAUGAUCAAUCAAGUGAGGAUCAUCUUCAAAUUCAUUAGAAGGUGACCCUGCUGGCCUUCUGGGGCCAUCCUUCAAAGACAAAGGGGUUCCACUUUCUUCAGGAGGGCACGUUCUUGUUUCUCUGAUAGGUCCCAUGGAUGGUUGACUUGUUUGUUGACUCCAAGUGGGUUUUAGCUCUGUUCCCUGAAACACGGAUCGACUAACCUUAUGUCUCUCUGAAAUGCGCGCCUAUCUUUUUAAUACCAACAGACCUGUGGAAAUGUUACAGAUGUGAGUCAAGGAACUCUUGUCUCUGAAGAAAUGAAAUUGCAGAUCUCCAAUAGGGUAAUGGAAAGUUACAUGGUAGAGGAGAGCUGGCUGCAACAUCAUAUACUCUAGGAAUGAGGAAAGAAGAGGGCUAUAUGAAUGUCAUCAUAGUGAUGGAAAAAGACAAUGGGUUGUUCCUGUGAUGAGAGAAAGAGAUAGGUGGCCCAUGGCCUUGACCAUGGGCCCUACCUCUCCAACACACUGGGUCCCAUCUCUCUAGCAAACUGAUGGGAACAACAUAGACAAUGCAGUCAAAUCUCCAUCACUAGAGGGAAUGACCAUGUUAGGAGGAACACUUGGUCUAAUGAGAAGAAAUUAAAGAGUGGACCGGUGGAACUAUGUGCUGUUUAGGUUGUAAUCUCUUGUUAUUGUCAAAAGAAUGAGUGUGGACAAAAUCACUCUUCCUUCUCCAUGAGGAAAUUGGCCAGUAGAGAAGAGGCACGUGAAGGAAUGCUGACAAAUUGAAGGAGUACAGUACUAGGGAAGGGAGAGAAGGUUCUUGCCCUCCUUCAAAAUCCUUUUCUAUUUCUUUGCAUACAUAUGGUAUUUCCUGCUGGAGAGUAAGCCCCCUGAGAACAAGUUGUUUCUUUUUUGCCUUUGUUUACUCAGUACUUAUCAUGGGGAUGGAAAUCAAAGCUUAAAACUCUACUAUAACUCUGAGACAUUCAGUGUAGUAGUAGGUGGUCAAUAAAUGUUAAUUCCAGGGAUAUGCAAUAUGGCAUACAUAUUAAAUAUAAUAUGGGUGGAUGGGAGAGGGGACAAAGGGACAAUCUGGAAGAAGCAGCCACCACAUAGUGCAGACCUUCUCCCUGGAGCAUUGCAGGAAGCUUCUCACCAUUUCCCAGUCCCAAAUCUCUGCCCACUCCAGUCCAUUCCCUACUCGGCUCCUGAAAUGAUUCUUCUAACUAACCAUCUCAUACUCCCUACUCAAAAACUCCAAUGGCUCCCUGUUACUUCCAUGACUAAAUAUGAAAUUCUCUGAUUUCCAAAACCCUUCAGAAUCUGGCCUUCCCUAUCUUCUUCCCUUCCAUGCCUUCUAGGAUCCAGUGACUUCCUUUAGUUCCUUGAACAUAGCACUCAACUUAUUCAUUGCCUGGCUUUCCCCACUGGCUGAAAUGUUCCCCCUCCUCACCUCUGUCUCCUGACUUCCCUGGAUUCCUUUAAGAUUUGGUUCAAAAUCCACUUUCUGGAAAAGGUCACACAAUGAGAGUCUUCUCUCUGAGCCUCCCAUUUAUUGUGUCCAUGGUGAUUAUAUAUUAUCUCUUUCAUUAGAAUGUGAGCUCCCUGAGAGCAGGGAUCAUGUUUUUGCCUUAAUUUGUACCCCUAGCCCAUGACAUAGUGCUUGGAACAUAGCACUUAAUAAAUGCUUGUUUUCUUGCU